AUGUCUGCACUGCCUCUUCCUUCAUCAUCCACUCCCGAACGACUUUCAUCCACAACAACAACAACAACACCACUCUCAAAGAUGGAACAAGAAAAUAGAGAUAUCAUGCACUCUAUUUUUGAAAUGAAUCAAAUUAUGGUGAGAGCUAUUCCUUCAAUUUCCGAGUUGGUUGAAAAUGAAAAGGAAUCCAUAAAUUGUAUCAAACCAGGAUAUGAGGAAUUGGAUGAGCCUAAUCCGACCUAUACCUGUAAAGAUGACAUCCAAAAUUUUGAGUUGGUUGACUUGGUUGAGAAACAAGCCAAACGUUCGCUUGUGUAUUUGUUUCUUCCCGAUACAAGAUGUAGAACAUUGAGAGUUGAAGGAAAUACAGUUACCUCCAUGAUUGACUUUGCAGCAAGUGAACAAUUAGUGGACUCUGAAGGUAGACUCACAAAAUACAAGCCUCUCUAUGACAGGCUUGAACCAUACAUUACAGAAGCUUCCAUUUAUCAUGGCAUGGUUUUUGACCUUCAUAGAGAAGAUACCAAUUAUUUCAAGUCAAAAAUUGAAUUCAUGGAAAAAGAGUUGGGCUAUAAAGGAAUUCAACAACCUUUUGUCACACAGAGCUCACAAGAGAAUGUUUUUUGCGAGUCAGUUUCCAAGAAUUAUGUGGUGAAAUUAGUUGAAACCAGACAAGAGCUAAUUGAAGUCAUUGAUUGCAUGCAAGAAACCUUUACCUCCUUCAAGUCAGGAGAACUUACAGCAAACGUGAUGAAUAAUAUUUACCCAUUGAAUUCAGAUGAAUUUGCUUGGAUUUGUAUUAAAGAUGAUGGAGAAGUAGCAACGACUGGACAAGUUUUCUUUGGGCCAACUACUUGCUACGGUUCAAAUUUGUGCACCAAGCCAAAAUUCAGAGGAAAGGGUUAUGCCACUCUCAUGAUGGUUGCCAUGAUAGAAUUAGCAAAAACAAGAAAACACAAGUACAACAGUUUUGUCAUACAAGCUUCAUUGGAUGGGCUCUCCAUCUACAGCAAGCUCGGUUUUGACUACAGGUACGAUUUUGAAAUUUUGGAACUAAAUCCACAAGCCAAAGAAAGCGAAGAGCAAGAAUAA